CAACGGUCACAAUUAAAACGAGGCUUGGGGGAAGUAAUUGAGAAACGAAGACUGCUCUCAUUUUCGUCUUCACUGGAUUGUUUGUUCCUCUCGGACCAUAUUUGUCUGCAAUUUCAAACAAUUUUGUUAUCGAUUGUACUAGUAAUCACUGAUCAGGGCACAUUCACUACAAACUUGACAUCAUCAAAUGUGCUUGAGCAGUUUCAGAUUAGAGUGACUGUGUAUCUGUCAUUUUAUUUGAGGAGCUUCUUUCAUGAUUGGGAAAAUGGUGGAAGGGCCAAAUUUUACUGGACUUAUAGGAGGAAAUAACGACAAUGAUAAUAACUAUUAUGAUUUCACCCAAGGCUUUUACCAAAAACUUGGCGAGGGUACAAACAUGUCCAUUGACAGUUUACAAACAAGCAAUGCUGGUGGGUCUGUCUCAAUGUCAGUGGACAACAGUAGUGUCGGGUCCAAUGAUUCUCUUACCCACAUUUUAAGCCACCCAGGUUUAAAACCUGUCCGCCAUAAUUAUAGUGUCUCUGUGGGCCAGAGUGUGUUUCGCCCAGGGAAGGUCACCCAUGCACUAAAUGAUGAUGCACUAGCUCAAGCAUUGAUGGAUAAUAGGUACCCAACCGAGGGAUUGGAGAAUUAUGAUGAAUGGACUAUUGAUUUGAGAAAACUUGUUAUGGGGACAGCUUUUGCCCAAGGUGCUUUUGGGAAGUUAUAUAGAGGAACAUAUAAUGGAGAGGAUGUUGCAAUAAAGAUACUGGAGAGACCAGAGAAUAGCCUGGAGAAAGCCCAAGUGAUGGAGCAGCAGUUUCAGCAGGAAGUCAUGAUGCUUGCAACACUAAAGCAUCCCAACAUAGUGCGAUUCAUUGGUGCAUGCCGUAAGCCCAUGGUUUGGUGUAUUGUGACUGAAUAUGCAAAGGGAGGGUCAGCUCGGCAGUUUCUGACUAGGCGGCAGAAUCGGGCAGUGCCACUGAAAUUGGCAGUUAAGCAGGCAUUGGAUGUUGCAAGGGGAAUGGCAUAUGUCCAUGGGCUUGGGUUUAUACACCGGGAUUUGAAGUCUGAUAACCUUCUGAUUUCAGCUGAUAAGUCAAUAAAAAUUGCAGAUUUCGGUGUGGCACGGAUUGAAGUGCAGACUGAGGGAAUGACACCAGAAACGGGAACAUACCGAUGGAUGGCUCCAGAGAUGAUUCAGCAUCGGCCCUAUACGCAAAAGGUGGAUGUCUAUAGUUUUGGAAUUGUGCUUUGGGAGCUUAUAACAGGUAUGCUUCCCUUCCAGAACAUGACAGCAGUGCAAGCUGCAUUUGCUGUGGUGAACAAGGGUGUAAGACCAGUUAUCCCAAAUGAUUGUCUCCCUGUACUCAGUGAGAUCAUGACUCGCUGCUGGGACACCAACCCUGAAGUGCGUCCUCCUUUCACUGAGAUUGUCAGGAUGCUUGAGAAUGCUGAAACUGAGAUUAUGACUACUGUGCGCAAGGCACGCUUCAGAUGCUGCAUGACCCAACCCAUGACAGUUGACUGAUCCAGAAUACAUGAGUGAAAAACAUAUGGUAAAGAUGAUACAAACAAGAAGUGAAAUGUAAAAUGUCCGCAUUAUGAACUUAUAUGUUUGUGUAUGUAUUAGUUUCCCUUUUCUUUUCUUAUUUGGUCCUUCCUUUUUAAGAUAGAGUGAAGUUAACCAUUAGACUGCUUGCUUUUGGUUUUUGGGUUCUAAGUUGUAAUGGAGUAGCGAUAUCGAAGCAAAUUUUCUAGUUCCAAGUAGCUGUGGAAACAUUAAUUUUUCUUCCUUAUCUCUGUAGCUAAAUAUAUGGGACCUGCUGUCUCAUUGUUGUUGAUUGUUCUUGUUUUCCUAUAACAGAAUGUGUACAGAUUAA